AUGGCGAACAGGUUUGAUAUUGCAGUGACGAAACCAUACAGAAGAGACUCUCCACCACUUCACUUUAAGUUGGAAAUAAAUUCGUACUCCUCCUUAUUGACGACGCUAGCAAAAAAGUACGAAUCUAAAGUGUUUGAAGCUGGCGGUCACACAUGGAGGUUGGCUGUUUACCCAAGUCAAAUGAUAAAUGGAGAGAAGUACAUCUCCCUCUACUUGGCAAAGGCGAAGACAAAGAAUAAUGGUAUUAUUAACUCUGUGGUGUCAGCUCUUAGGGGGCAGGCGGAGGUUUAUGCUACUUUUAGAUUGUCUGUAUUUGAUCACAACCAAAAGAAUUACUUUACCGUCGAAGAUAAGGCCGGAGCAUUAAGCCGAUUUGAGAGUGGGACUGAGAUAGGUUUUGCAAAAUUUCUUCCCCUUCAUACUUUCCAGCGCCAUUCAGAGGGAUUCAUUUCCAAUGACUGCUGCACAUUUGGGGCGGAGGUCUUCGUCUCUACGAACAAAAGGACACUUCACAGGGAAUCGCUUUCCCUCGAGACACCUGCCAUUCGCAUGCGUACUUUCCGUCGUGAUUUGGGACAGUUCUCCACACAAUUUGACAUGGAGUACGCAUUUCCACAAUUGAUCAUUGUUGGAGGAAGAAAAUGGCAGUUAUGUGUUUAUCCGAAAGGGUACGGGAAAGAGAGGAACAAGUCACUAUCACUUUACCUACGAUCGGCCGACGAUUUGUACACGCUUCCCAGUGUUUAUGCAGAAUUCAAGGUUCGGGUAAUUGAUCGAUCCCUUAAGACGCACAAUACUGAACGGAGAGGCAACCACUGGUUCUCGUCCUCGGACUGCAUUUCUGGUUGGCCAGAUUUUAUGCCGUUGCGAACUCUAAAGGGGUUCCUUAAGGGUGAUAUAUUAUCUGUUGAAGUUGAAAUGCUGGCUGUGUCUACGUCGUUAUGA